CGCCGCCUCCUCAACUCUUCACUCAAGCUUGUCCUUCUCCUUUUCCUCUCCCUUUCUCCACCCCCAUCUCCCUCCAUCAUUCCAUCCACCUGCGUUCCUCCCCGUCAUCUCACCAUGGCCGAGGAAGAUCCCCUCGUCGUGGCCCUGCCACCCGCCACCGACUAUCUGACCUACCUCACCCUCCUCGAAUACCAGCUCACCCCCGCCCGCCUGCCCCUCCUCCACUCCCUCCUCCAGGAUGAGACCCUCACCACCAACAUCGGCUGGGACCUCGUCAAGCUCCUGCUUCCCAUGCUCCCCGCAUCCCUCGACUGCCUCCACGAUAUCGCCCGACUCGGCAAUCCCCGCGAAGUCAUCCUGCGCGUGUCCGAUGCGCUCCUGCAGUUACAACCCGUCGACGAGGACGACGAGAGUGUGGCCGACCCUGUGGAGCCCCCUGAGGCUGGGAGCGCCUCGCAGGAUGUCGCAGGGGGUGAGGAUGGCACAACAGACACAAAGGACACCGAGAAGAUAGUCCUGCCACGCCACGUCUUGCAAUUCAACACCCUGGUGGCCAUGCUGUCCACUCUGCACUCCCGCAUCCAAACCAAGUCCCCCAGUCGCUUUCUGGCCACUUCACUGCAGGCCGUCCUGGAGGCGUAUACCCUCAUGCCCACGAACGAGACAACCAUUGCCUUGCUGGAGUUCUUCCGCGACGUGUCGCCGUCCAAGAGGCCCGCGCCCCCUCCAAGAGCCGCCAGCGAGUCCAGCCUACAGCGUCUAUCGGAGGCGUCCGCGCCCGACCCGGAGGCGGAGGUCCAGUCUCCUUCCCCGGCCAGUGACGGGGAAUCCGUGCUGGUGAAGCGGUUCUUGCAAUUUGGUCUAAUUGAGGUCCUCAAGUCGUACCUGCUGAGCUUCUCCGGUCCGUCGGAUCCGGGAAUGUCCUGGACCAUCCGGCUGCAGGAGAAGCUGCAGCCCGCCAUGCGGAUGAUCAAGGAGCAAACGCAGACAGAUCUGUUCGCCAACCACAAGGAGCUGAAAGAAAGAGACAUGAUCAUUGCGAAGAUAACGGCCUUAUCCCGAGACUUCGGUCUUGACGAUAAACAGCUCCUCGAAAUCGUCCUGCAGUCUCCCGGGGACCACCCCCUGCCGCUGGACUUCGAAGACCCUCCCAGGAAGGCGGAAGAAAUCCCCCUGGAGAGACACGGUUCCCUGCUACUACUGGCGGCGCGGGCGGCCAUGGCGGAGGUGUUCUCGUCCGGCCAGGUGACGCCCAUCACCAUCUUCCCGGACUUGACGAGGAUCUUCCAGAACUUCGUCGGCGACUACAACUCCCCGGAUGAGGUGGCGUUUGGGCAACCGCAGGUGCUGCUGGACUCGCUGCUCACGCUCACCGUCUUCUCCCUACUGCAGACCAGCGAGCCUCCUCCGAGCGAGACGGACUUCAUUGCCUUCGUGCUCACGUUGACGGCGUGUACCGCGCGCCAGAACUACAGCACCGUGCGACGGAUCCCCGGGACAGUCAUCCAGAACCACCCGUCGGAAGCCACGCGCUUCAAGAUCAUCCGGACCGUCCUGGAAGACGAGCGCUUCCAGCCGGUGAAAGACAGCGCGAUCGGAUGGCUGAAGAACGGCAUCCUCGAUGCAGCCAAGCCCCUCCAGGCCGGCGGUGCGCCAUCCGACUCCAUCUUCCUCAACCCCCACUACUUCUCCGUGCUCUUUCCCUCCCUCUUCAACUCCUCUGAACUGUUCAUGAACGUCUCCUCCGACCUGGCCACCUCGUGGAUCAAAUUCUCCCAGACCCUCACCCCCGCCAUCCACUCCGCCCUCAGCCUGUACUACAUCCUGGUCUCGACGCCCCUGCUCCGGCAGCAGCUGCAGCUCGAAAAGACCUACGUCUACUUCCGCAACCGGUUCCUCGAGCCGCUCAAGUCGCUCUGCCACGCCUUCGAGGCGGACCUCGCGCAGAACGGCGGCGAGGGCAAGAUCGAAGCGGCCGUCGGCGAGAGCCUGUGUCAGGUGGGGAUGGCGCGGUCGGUGGGCCUCGUGUCGCACAUGCUGGAGCAGGUCGAGGAGGCCGUCGGCGAAGCGUUCGUCCUGACGGACUCGGAGCUGCCCGAGCCGAGCGCCGAUGACAUCGCGCGCGUGGAUAUGAUUCGGAAGGAGACGUCGCCUUGACUGUAGAUACAUGACCUUCUUCUUCUUCUUCUGGCGUUUCAAUGUGCGGGUCUAUUGAUUCUUGAUUCUUGAUACUUGAUACUUGAUACCUCUGUGCUGUAUCUUCGUAAGAUGGCGGUUACUACCUACCUGUAACCUAUGUGAUGCAGUUGUUGAUACACGCGGACAGCUGUGUACCUAGAUGGUCAGAUACACGAUUUGCUUAUAUGAAAUGAAUAUGGAGGGACCAUCGCAAAUCAAGUGGUUAACAGGUGUAGCGAGUAUUUGCAACAAACAUCAAAUCAGGUACACCGCCGCUUCAACUUGACAUGUUCUCUGAAUUGGCGAAGUGACCCAUUUAAAUAGUAG